GUUUAAUUUAAGGUGCUAUCCUGGAAUUUAACUGGACGGACUGCAGAAAUAAAUAAAGAUCCUAAAUCUCAAUCGGUCUUCAGGCCCAUAUUUGAACCCAGAACCAACAGUUUACAAAUAAGGAAUACCAACGACUCAAACGUCAAGUUUAGUAUAUCUAAUGUGAUAGGCCUGUAUCUUUGACAGUUCGUGAGACCUUCAUUUCCGUUAUCGUUUUCCAGUUUUUAAUCUAAGUUACACGUUCAAACAGAAGUUUAGAAACUUCAGUAGCUUUAUAAAAUUUCAACUCCCUUUCUUUCCAUUACAACCAUUUCAAGCGUAUUGGUAAUUGUCUGUACCACCUACCUUAACAAUCUAAAAGUCUGAUUUUAUUUAAAGUGUUUUGUGUGUUUCUCAGUUUAACAAUUAUUAUCCUAAAUACCAUUAAAAAAUUGAUCUUUGUAAUGGUGAAAAAUUGUGAUUUCUUUGAGAAAGAUUUGGAAGCCGCUGAAUAUUCAAAGAGACCAAAGUUUCUAUUCAAUGAAUAAUGAAGAUUGUGAGAUUAAUAAGAGGCAGGUUCAUACAAAUAGCAGCUACUCUUGCAGCCUCAAUGACCUUCACCAUGGCCGGUCUUGGAGUAGCAUGGACAGCCCCAAUCAUCCCUAAACUGUUGGCUGCAGACUCACCCAUCCCCAUGACAGCAGACGAAAGUUCCUGGAUGGUAGCAAUGCUGUCGGUGGGCUGCGUCAUCUGGGUGAUUCCCCUCGCAUAUUUCACUAACGUAUUGGGACGAAAGACCAUCCUUCUUUUCACUGCAGUUCCCUGCAUUAUCGCCUGGCUUACAAUCAUUUUCACUGUCUCAGUUGAAGCUCUGUACGUCGCUCGUUUUCUGUUUGGUGUGGAGGUUAUAACCGCCUUUGUCAUAACGCCGAUUUAUUUGACUGAGAUUUCUGAAGUCAAAAUUCGUGGGGUCCUAAGUUCUGUCAUACAGCUGUCUUAUAAUAUCGGUGCCCUGUUUGAGUACUGUAUGGGACCUUACGUGUCUUACAAAAUUCUUGGAAUUUCAUCUGCAGUAUUUCCAAUCGCCUUCUUUCUGUUCAUGGUGUGGAUGCCAGAAUCACCGUAUUUUCUUCUUAUGAAGAGCAGAGACGGCGACGCUGAACGAUCUUUAAUGGCACUACGUGGUAAAACAGAAAGCCAACACAUCCAGGAAGAAUUGACAGCAAUGAGAAAUGUGGUAGAUUCCCUGAAGAUGAGAGGGAUUCCUAUAAGGGAUCUUUUUUCAAAAAGGGCAAACCGUAGAGCCCUUAUUUUGAUACUAAGUCUUGUUAUGCUACAACAAUUUUGCGGUCAGCUAGCGAUUGUAUCUUACACAACACAAAUAAUGAAAAGAUCUGGAAGUUCACUGGAUGCAGAUGUAUCGGUUAUAAUAUCAGGUGGAAUCCAAACCAUUGCUAGCGUUGCAAUGUCUUCUCUGGUAGACCGCGUCGGUCGUAAACCUCUUCUUCUUUCGUCUACCAUCGGAGUAGGCGUGGCAACAUUAGGGCUUGCUGUUUACUUCUGCUUGGAUGAAAGAACAGACAUCGAUCUAUCGCCAGUCGAUUGGAUUCCGAUUACGUGUCUCGUGUUAUAUGUCUCGCUGUUUUCACUUGCGCUUGGUGUUCUACCUUUCAUAGUGAUGGGCGAAAUAUUUUUGCCAAAUGUUAAGGGCUUAGCAGCUUCAGUGGCAUUGAUGGUUCACGCUAUUGGUGGAACAAUAGUCACAAAAAUCUUUCAAAUUAUGACCGAUGACAUUGGAGCAGAUUCUCCAUUUUGGCUCUUCUCUGCGUAUUGUUUCACUAGCGCAUUGUUCAUCGUAUGGUAUUUACCGGAGACGAAGGGUAAAACUUUCGCUGAAAUACACCAAGAAUUUAAUAAAAAUUCAUAUCCUUGAAAAGUUAAUAACUUAUCCAAGGAUUUGGGACAAAUUAUAAAAAAAAUAAAUGUAUCGUGAAUUAAGAUACUGAUGUACAGGAUGUUGUAAAAUAAUGCAUAAACCCUUGAAUGUUGAAUCGUUUCCGUAACCACGGGCAUAUCAGGGUCGUGAACCGUGUAACACCACGGUACAGAGAAAUUUAUUUAUCUGUCCGUUUGACGUGCGGAAACUAAUUUUGGAGCUAAGAAAUUGUACUUCAUAUGCCAGAAAUUACAAGCAGGGCGACGGUUCGAUGCGUGUUUACGCUAAACGUACACGGCAGAAUCAGUAGUAGGCGAAGUUAUGUCUAGAAAUUGGACUAUUAAAUUGUAUAAUUAUUACAUUAUGGUUUCUGCUAGCCUAAACAUCUCAUGAAAUAUGGCGUCUAAAGUUUUUGUAAGUACUUAUUUUAAUCUAACUGAUAUCAAACACUCGAAGGGAAAGGUGGAAAUUCAGCCCGUAAACUGUAUUUUAAAAACUAAUGAUUACAUCUGGUGUGAAGGAAUUUCUGGUGUACAGACUCAGUUUAUGUUAGAUCUGAUUUAUUCUUAUUUUCAGUUCAUGUAACUUAUGUUUCAUAUAACAAGGAUAGAUUGAAGUAAUUGUAAAUAAAGAAUGUUAUAAUUCGACAUAUUUCAUAUUAGUAUAAUCGUUUAUGAGUUAGCUUCGUAUUCCAAUUUUAGUUCUGUACUUCACAGGCACGAAAGAAAAAGAGUGAUAUGAACAAAAGAAUUACGAUAGCAUGGAGAAUAAAUUGUUAUAGUUCAGUUAACAACCAGAACUGCCAUAUUGCGCAUGGAAAUAUUUUGCGUAAUUAUUUAUCUCAAUAGAUAUUAUUAGCUGACUUCUGAGAUAACUGAUUGUUGUUUUGUGUAAGAAGUUUUAACAUAAAGAUGUAUCCAGCAUUGCUGAAAGUUAAGUAACAAUACAUAAAGUUACUAACAACUUAA